UUUUCAUCCCAAAGCCGAAGAUGAGCCGCCCGUCGCCGCGGGUCCUGGCUGCGACGCCGUCGUCCCCGAUGAGCAAGAAGGAGGCGACGAACCCGUUGUGGAAGACGUGGGACGCCAAGAGCGUCAAGUCUGGCGCGCACCAUUCCGUGUAUUGGGUCAAGCAAGGCUCGACGUCCAAUGAAGACAAGUUUGGUCAUGUCGAAGUGGGCAAGUCGACAUUUGUGCAGGCCGCCAAGUACACGGGGGACUGGCACGACGACGUCAAAAGUGGCUACGGCACUCAGUUGUGUGCCAGCGGCAACAAAUACGAAGGCGAGUGGAAGGACGGGUGUCGUCACGGAAAAGGCACGUUCUGGGUCAAACGAAAUGGCAAACUGCGUAAACAAUACACGGGGGAUUGGUUGUUGGACAAGCGAGAGGGCCUGGGGGUAUUUUACUACGAAGACGGCGGCAAGUUUGAAGGGUUUUGGGCGGGAAACGCGCGGCAGGGCAAAGGUCGCAUGAAUUACUCGGAUGGGUCGGUCUACGAGGGCCACUGGAUGGACAACGAGCGAAGUGGCAUGGGCGUGUGGACCAUGCCCAAUGGCAACCGAUACGAGGGGUACUGGUUGCACGACCAAAAGGAAGGGCCGGGGCGGUUCUACUACAAGUCCACGGGCAAAGUGUACGAAGCCGAGUGGCAAAACGACACGGCCAAAUGUGGGACGUACCACGACAGCGGCGAUGCCGAGUGGGAUCCCACCGCGAUGACCGAAGCGUUUACGUUGCCCGAGCUCGAGUUGGCCGCGCCCGAGAGUGUCCUGAACGACACGAUUCUGCGACUCCGCGAAGCCCGGCUCAAAGACCAAGUGACGUCCAGCCAAUCGCCGACGUCGGUGGUGUUUACGCUGUCGCAGGAGACCCAGCGCCGCGUGCAUGACGAGUUCCACGCGAUCGACUUUAACCGAAACGGGGUCAUCCGGUGUGUGGACGUGGUGCAGAUCCUGACGUUGCUGGUGGGAGAAGAAGAAGAGGAGAGUUCCGACCUCCACGUGCGUGUGGAGGCGCUGCUUGGGGAGUUGGGCGCGUCUUAUGACACGGCCAUCACGUUGCCAGAGUGCAUGGAUAUUGUGGCACUGCUCAUGGAGCCAGACGAGCCAAGUGAAACCAAACCCCGUCGUGGCCCCGAUGAUGGUCACAAAGGGUGACCAUAUGUUGUUAAAUCGGUGACGACAAUAAUAACGUUAACGAAGUACAGUUACUAUGGAA